AUGGCAGCACCAGCACAGAAACAACAAGAACAACAGCAACAGCCAGAAGAUGACUACGAUGAAGAUGAUGUAGAAUCUGAAUCAGCGGAGGAAGAGGAGGAGGAUUCCCAGGCAGAUGCUGAAAAUGAUUACGGUGAUGGUGAACCUGAAGAUGAACCCGCCGCUGAUGAAGAAGACAAUACCAAUAACAAAACAUUAAAUUAUAAACGUCCUUCACGACAACGUUACGAUCCAUAUGACGAUCGCGAUGACUACGACGAAUAUCGUUCACAAUACACACGUCCCCGUUAUCGUUCACAGCAACUGCAACAACAACGUUAUCGUUACCCUCAUCAUCGCCACUACGACGAUGAUAUUGACCAGGAUGGUCAGGAGGCAUUGCAGAGUGUUGAAUCGGAACAGCAUGAUCUCUUUGCUCGCGAUCCAAGUGAAAAUGAAAUUGACAGCGGUAAGUCAUUGAAAUUCCGAAACAAUAGUCAUGUGGAGAAAACCAGUUUAAGUAUUAAGAUAAGAAAAACAACAACAACAGAUAAUACAAAAGCAACAGAUACGCACCUACUGCUCUACGCUAAUAUUGAAGCGGCAAAUUUUUAUGCAUAA